GGGGGGGAGCGGAGGUAAGGGGAAGGGAAGUGUUGUCGAUCCGUGACAUGAAUGAACCAUGUUCGGUAACGGAGGCUUCGCUCUCCCGGUGUGCUCCUUCCUCCUGCUGCACCUCCCGGUCCUCCCGCUCAACAACAACAACUGGCACGGCAAGGACAGAAGUGGAGGGAGGGUGGAGCAGCAGCAGCGGGACUCCCCUUCACCGCCACACAGUGUUGGAGGACAGAAUGGGAAACAGACAAGCGACAAGGAGGAGGUGUUUCAGUGGUGGGGGGAGUGGUCCAGUUGGUCCUCUUGUUCCAGGAGCUGUGGAGGAGGAGUGAGGAGUCAGGAGAGACACUGUCUCAUACAGAGGCUGUCCACUACCCAGAAUGUAAACAGCUCUUAUUGUGUCGGCUCUCCUAAACAAUACCAACUCUGUCCUAACCAGCCCUGUCCCAGCCCCAGUGUAAGCUUCAAACAGCACCAGUGUUCCCAGUUCAACUCCAAAGCCUUUGGAAGACGAUACUUCCAAUGGAUUCCUCUUUACCCAGCUGAUUACAUCAGCAUCUCCAAUAAGCCAUGUGACCUGCAGUGUACAACCAUCAGUGGUGAGCGACAGCUGCUGGUUCCCGCCCACGAUGGUACUUUCUGCAGUGACACCAAAUACCACGGAGUCUGUAUCGAGGGAUUUUGUCAGCCUGUGGGCUGUGACGGGCAGCUGUACAGCAGUAAGACUGUGGACAGAUGUGGAGUGUGUGGAGGAAACGGGACCUCAUGCCAGCGUGUGUCUGGAUCAUACAGGAAGGCACUCACACAGUUAGGCUACGUGUUCAUUACCAACAUCCCAGCUGGAGCGUCAGACAUUCAGAUCAUAGAGAGACACAAGACUGAGAACGUCCUGGCCCUGUCGGAUGAGGCGGGUCAUUUCUUCUUUAACGGACACUCUGUCUUUGACCAUCCUCAAAACUUCAGAGUGGCAGGAACAGUGUUUAAAUACAGACGUCCCAGUAACGUGUUCUCUGACGGCCUGGAGUACAUCAUCGCCCAGGGACCCACUGUGCAGGGUCUGAACGUGAUGUACUACAACCUGAACGGGAAGCUUCCCCACAUCACCUACGAGUUCACCAUCCCAUCCCGUGAUGUCACAUCAGAACGCCUCCCCACAGGCCCCUCCUACUCCCAUCUUAACCUCACCCAUUAUGCAGUAAAGGAGGGCGUCAGAGGGGAUCAACUCAGAAAGUCUAAUCAGAGCAGAGGGAGUGCAGCAUCUUUUAAUCACUACAACACGCAGCUGGGAGCAGAUGACCACUCAGAUGUCCAGGAGGAGGAGGAGGAGGAGGAGGAGGAAGAGGAGGAAGAAGAAGAGUUGGUGUGGGAGAUCAGGACCCCCAGCCCUCCCCCACCAGCAGCCAUGUUGGUCUUCAGGCCUGCUGAUGUCACCAGUCAUGUGAUUAGUCAUAAUGAUGUAGAAGAGCGGGGACCUCCAGCGCCAUCUGGCUACAGAGGCUCCUCCAACUUGAUUGACGAGCCGUCCACUGCUGAUGACAACACUCUGCUGCUCGCCUUCCCAGGCAGCCAGAGUGUUCCUCCUGCAGCUCUGCCGGAAGACGCCCCCUACCUGCUACUAGAGGAAUUACACUACAACCAGACACACUUAUACACACACUCCCUCACCCAGUUAAACACACACUCCGUCAACCACACACUCACUGACACACAUGUUGACACACCGUCCUCCACAGACACUAAAGUGCACACAGUUCCUGACACACACUCAGACACACACGCUGCCGUCCUGGUGCAGCUGCAUCAGGUGUCUGCGGUCCAGGCAGUUGGUACAGAGAGUAAUGACUUUGAUGUGGGUCUGGAUCCAGAUGUGAGUUUGGCAGACAUGUAUCGCUGGAAGAUUUCUGCUUAUGCUCCAUGCAGCUCCACCUGUACAACAGGUAUUACUACUAGUUACGCCCUCUGUGUGCGCUAUGAUGGAACUGAAGUGGACGACAGUUAUUGUGACUCUCUGGCCAGACCGGAGCCCACACACGAGUUCUGCACCGGAAAGGAGUGUCCUCCAAGGUGGGAGACGAGUGGAUGGAGUGAGUGCUCUCGAACCUGUGGGGAGGGCGUUCAGUAUCGAACCGUGCGCUGCUGGAAGAUGCUUUCACCCGGCCUCGAUUCUUCCGUCUACGAUUCACUGUGUUUGUCACAUGACCUCCACAAACCAGCCAAUAGGAAGGUCUGCCUGGGUCAGAGCUGUGGACCCCAGUGGGAGGUGUCUGAGUGGUCAGAGUGUUCUGCACGGUGUGGCUCUCGGGGAGUUCGUAGUCGAGAGGUCCGUUGCUCAAUGGAAAUAAGACUCUGCAACAGAUCCUCUCAGCCAAUAGAAAGCCAGGAAUGUGAAGGCCCGCCCUGUGACAGAAGAUGGACAGUCACUGACUGGGGACCUUGCUCGGGUGUGUGUGGCGAGGGGCGGAUGGUCCGUGCUGUGAUGUGUCGAUCAUCAGGUGGGGUUGUGAUGUCAGAGGAGCAGUGCGACCAAUCCCUGCGCCCGCUGGCCAUCCAUCCGUGUGGAGACAGAGAUUGCGCCCCCCACUGGGUGGAACAAGAGUGGCAACAGUGUAAUGCUACUUGUGGGCGUGGCGUGCGGCAGCGUCAGGUGGUGUGCUCGGGCCUAGAAGGUGGUGUGUUCAAAGAGUUUCCAGAAAGCAGCUGUGAUCAGAGCAACAGACCAGAGAGCAGCUCGUCCUGCUUCCAGAGACCCUGCUCCAAGUGGUUCACCACAUCCUGGUCCCAGUGCAGUAAGACUUGUGGGAGCGGCGUCCAGGUUCGAGAGGUGAAGUGUUACCAGGGGGAGGAGCUUGUUACUCGGGGCCACAGCUGUGACUCUGCUCUGAAGCCAGAGGCCCGGCAGAGCUGUGAGAUCCAGAGCUGUCCGACAGAGGCUCCAGCAGCUGCGCCAGCUGCGUCAGUAGCCAUAGACGACUCCUGCCAAGACAAACCUACAGCAAACUGUGCCCUGGUCCUGAAGGUGAAACUGUGCUCUCACUGGUACUACAGGAAGGCCUGCUGCCAGUCCUGUAAGGCACCGAGACCCUGAAGUCUGAACUGAAACCACUCACCUCAAACCACUGGUACCCCGAGGUCACAUGGUGCUACACAGAACCUGCUGCUACAAAUGUACGGCCUCAUGACAUUUAUCUUUUUACUCCUCCUCCUGCCACUGAGGUCAGAGGUCACCCUGUGGUCACUGUCCUCACCGCCUGUCCCUAAAUGUUAUAAAUUCUGGUUCCUCCAAAAUGUCAAAUCUGGUUUUGUGUGAGGUAGUGUCAUCCCCCUUUAUGUUUAAAAAAGUAUAUAUGAAUCAAUCCCACUGCUUCCUCAUAGAGAUCUCAGUCAAAUAGUAUUCAACACAAAGUUUCCGUUUCCUAUAGCAACAACCUGAAUCGACCGUACGUCUCUUUACUGCUCCACCCUUGUAAUGUGAACAUAGACUCACUUCAGGUCACAACGUGCUGCCUGCUCACCUGUUUGUGUUACACGGAAGAAGAAGCAAACCAUUCCGAGUUUAGAAACAUGAAUAAAGGUCAUAAUUAUUAUAA